UAGAAAGAUGACCAAGAACCAAGAAGAACACUUCCGGUGGAAAUUGGGCUGUUUAUUAGCUUCUGUAGCUUUUAUUUUGGAAAACAACGGAAGUUGUGUUUUUGUGUUAGCUUGAGCAUAGUUUUUAAGUGAACAGCGAAAGGCCCUCAAUCUUGUUUGUGAAAUAUCUUUUUCUAACUGCGAACAUGGACCAUGGCGAUGCAGGGCGAGGAGGAUGGAAGUCCAAGACUGUCCAGACACAGAAAAACAAAAUGAACAUGAAUAUCCUUCGCCAAGAAAAGCUUAUAGCUCAAAAGAAGAAGGAGAUUGAGGAAAGAUUGGCAGAGAAAGCCAAAACAAAUGUACAAACAACUGAAAAGCACGAGGCUCCAAGUUCUCCCAGUCUUCAAGGACCAUCCUCAAACAAGUUUGUAAAUGAUGGAAGUUUCCUACAGCAGUUCAUGAAGAUGCAGAAGGACAGCCCCAACAGUGCAUCUGGUUCCAGUGACAUCAAAACACCAUUAUCCCCAUCUUCAUCGUCGGGAGGAAAUGCAGUUCAAAAAAAGAGCAUUCUUAUUGGAAAGCGCCCGGGCCUUGGUUUCAGUAGUAUGCUUAAUCAGUUCAAAAAUUACUCACAGCCCAAGAAGAAUGUUGUUCUCAACCAGAGGCCAAGUGUGUUUUGUUCUCCGGAUGGUGAAGAUGAGGAGGAAGAACCGGAUUACUCCAAAUUCUUAGAUAUGAAAGUUUCUCCCCCAGAGGAUUCAGACGCCAGACUCAUUAUCGAUAAGAUGGCCUCUUUUGUGGCAGAGGGUGGGGUUGAACUGGAAAAAAAAGCCAAGGAGGACUACAAGGACAAUCCUGUUUUCUUAUUUUUAUAUGAUAAAAGCAGCUUGGAGCAUCUCUACUACAAAAAGAGAGUUGCAGAAUUGAGAAAGGACUUGCUAAGACUAGAGAAUACUUCAGAUAAAGUCUCCCCCCCAGUGGACGCGGAAACCCAGCAGGUGGCUGAGAAGCUGGCCAGAUUUGUGGCGGAGGGUGGCCCUGAGGUGGAAGCCAUCGCUGCAGAGCGAAACAGAGACAACCCAGCUUUCAGCUUUUUGUACGAUCACCAAAGUCCAGCCUACCACUACUACAAAGAAAAAUUAGAGGAGUAUGUUUCAACAGCCUCCCAGAGUUCUUCAGUUUCAGCAGCAGAAUCAAGGACAGAAAUUCUGAGACAACCUCCACCACAGUUUCAAGGAAUUUCCCCACAGCUGAAAACAGCAUGUCAACCACAGAUUCAGGAAUCAGAACCACCACCCGUCAAACGGAAAAGAAAGAGCAGAUGGGGGUCUGAAGAUGACAAAGUCGAGUUGCCCCUUCCUUCCAUUGUUGUUCCUCAGGAGAUUAAUGUUCCCGAUCCUAAUGCACCCUCUCUUUCUGCCCAGGAGCUGAGAGGUCUUGGUUAUAAGAAGGGGAAGCCUCUUGGUCUAGUUGGCGUGACUGAACUAUCUGAGGACCAGAAGAAACAACUGAAAGAGCAACAAGAGAUGCAAGAGAUGUACGACUUGAUCAUGAAGCACAAGCGUACAAUGGCAGAAAUGCAAUUGAUGUGGGACAAGGCUAUAAGAGAUCACCAACACGAAUAUGACAGUGAUGAAGACGUGGACCACGACGGCACCUGGGAGCAUCGUCUCCGAAAGAUGGAAAUGGAGAAGACGCGGGAAUGGGCAGAGUCGCUGACAGAAAUGGGUAAAGGCAAACACUUUAUCGGCGACUUUCUGCCUCCGGAAGAACUUGAGAAGUUCAUGGAGACAUUUAAAGCACUCAAGGAAGGUCGAGACCCAGACUACUCUGAAUACAAAGAGUUUAAGUUGACAGUAGAAAAUCUUGGUUUCCGAAUGCUCAUGAAAAUGGGUUGGAAGGAAGGUGAAGGCCUUGGCAGCGAUGGACAGGGUAUCAAGGCUCCUGUCAACAAGGGAACGACAGCUAUGAAUGGAGCAGGGUUAGGAAUCGACCGUCCAGCUGAACUCACAAAAGCUGACGAUGAAUAUGAUGCUUUUAGGAAGAGGAUGAUGCUAGCUUACCGCUUCAGACCCAAUCCAUUGAAUAAUCCACGGAGGCCGUAUUACUAAUGUAAAGAACUGUUCUUGUUUAUACUUCUUGUUGUUUAUUAUAACCAAAAGCUGGUUUCUCCAGUUGCCACAGCUCUGCACAGUGGUGAAAUGGAUUCUGUUGCACAGUAGAACGUUUGAACAUUGAAGUGUGUGAAGUUUGAAAAUGGUAGAAAGCUUGGUGGCCAUGAUUUUAGAAAUUUGAGUAGAAAAAAAAAUUUUUUUAUCACUUUAGUUGUUAUGAUUUUGGUACAUUUCAAUUGAAUGCUGUAACCAUUUAAAAUAUAAAGAUCUACAUUACCCGACAUCUUAUUAUGUUAUUGUUUUGUUUUCCCUUGACAGGUUAACUUGACUUUACAAUUCCAGCUUAUUACCACAGUUCAGUAUUGGUACAGAAUCUUGUGCAUAAUUCUCAUACUGAGUCAUUUUCUUCACUGAGCAAUAACAUUUUGCUUUCUUUUGUUGUAUUCAUCAGUGUUCUCAAUAAAAAUGACCACUUGCUGAAAAA